CGCCGAUUGCUCGGAACUUGGACUGAAGCAGAGUUUGGAAAGAAGGGGCGAAAAGUUUGCAUCGGGGCUGGAUUUUAUUUGCACAUCGCAGGAAGACGAGAAUCCAACGGAGAGGGGUUGGUGCAAAGCCGCGAUCACGGAAUUCAGAUGUGUUCUAAGCCCGCUGGAGUGACCACACUUCCCAGACCUGAUGGAGGCCAGAGCUCAGAGUGGCAGCGGGUCCCAGUCCUUGCUGCAGGCACCCCGUGACAUUGGCAGGCAGCGUGGGGAACCGGACCCCAGAGAUGCCCUCACCCAGCAGGUACACGUGUUGUCUCUGGAUCAGAUCAGAGCCAUCCGAAACACCAAUGAGUACACAGAGGGGCCUACUGUGGUCCCAAGACCUGGGCUCAAGCCUGCUCCUCGCCCCUCUGCUCAGCACAAACAGGAGAGGCUCCACGGUCUGCCCGAGCACCGCCAGCCUCCCAGGCUCCAGCAACCACAGGUCCAUUCUUCUGCACGAGCCCCUCUGUCCAGGUCCAUCAGCACAGUCAGCUCAGGGUCUCGGAGCAGUACAAGGACAAGUAACAGCAGCAGUUCCUCUGAACAGAGACUAUUAGGAUCAUCUUUCUCCUCGGGGCCUGUUGCUGAUGGGAUAAUCCGUGUGCAGCCCAAAUCCGAGCUCAAGCCGGGUGACCUUAAGCCCCUGAGCAAGGAAGAUUUGGGCCUGCAUGCCUACAGGUGUGAGGACUGUGGCAAGUGCAAGUGCAAGGAGUGCACCUACCCUAGGCCUCUGCCAUCAGACUGGAUCUGCGACAAGCAGUGCCUUUGCUCAGCCCAAAACGUGAUUGACUAUGGGACUUGUGUGUGCUGUGUGAAGGGUCUCUUCUAUCACUGUUCUAAUGAUGACGAGGACAACUGUGCUGACAACCCGUGUUCUUGCAGCCAGUCUCACUGUUGUACACGUUGGUCUGCCAUGGGCGUCAUGUCCCUCUUUUUGCCUUGUUUAUGGUGUUAUCUUCCAGCCAAGGGUUGCCUUAAAUUGUGCCAGGGGUGUUAUGACCGGGUUAACAGGCCUGGAUGCCGCUGUAAAAACUCAAACACGGUUUGCUGCAAAGUUCCCACUGUCCCACCCAGGAACUUUGAAAAACCAACAUAGCACCAUUAAUCAGGAAUAUGACAGUAAUAAGGAUUGUUCCUUUUUUUUUUUUUUUUUAACACAUAUGCAACCAACUAAAUAGUUAUAAUCCUGGCACUGUUAAUAGAGGGUUGGGAUAUCCUUCGCUGUUUGCAGUGAAAUGCUUUUUGUCCAUGUGCCAUUUUAACUGAUAACGCUUGUUAGAACUUAGCUAAUGGAGCUCAGAGUUUGGGAUAAGGAAUUUGGGGACCCACGUGUUGCAUAAGCUAAAAGCAACAGACACUCCUAGGCAAAGUUUUUGUUUGUGAAUAGUACUUGCAAAAUUUGUAAAUUAGCCAAUGACUUCUUUUCCAUUGUUUUCUCCAGAGAUAAUGUGCUAUAUUUUUGUAUAUACAGUAAUAUUUGCAACUGUGAAAAACAAGUUGUGCCAUACUAUAUGGCACAGUCACAAAAUAUUAUACUAAUAUGUUGUACAUUCGGAAGAAUGUGAAUCAAUCAGUAUGUUUUUAGAUUGUAUUUUGCCUUACAGAAAGCCUUUAUUGUAAGACUCUGAUUUCCCUUUGGACUUCAUGUAUAUUGUACAGUUACAGUAAAAUUCAACCUUUAUUUUCUAAUUUUUUCAACAUAUUGUUUAGUGUAAAGAAUAUUUAUUUGAAGUUUUAUUAUUUUAUAAAAAAGAAUAUUUAUUUUAAGAGGCAUCUUACAAAUUUUGCCCCUUUUAUGAGGAUGUGCUAGUUGCUGCAAAAGAGGGGUUACAGAUGCAUAUGUCAAUAUAAAAUAGAAAAUAUAUUAACGUUUGAAAUUAAACUGAACUGUUUUGUCUUA